AUGUCUUCCCGCGACCACCGUAGGCGAGAUCGAAGCUGGGAAAGGGAGGACAGAGAUAGAAACCGCGGCGACAAGUACUCGCGAGGCGGGCGCAGCGGUUAUCGAGACGAGCCUAAAAGGCGAUCAAGUAGGUCCCGGAGUCCUCGUCGGGGUGACCGUGAACGCCGAGAGCAUCGUGAUUAUCGCAGAGAAGACCGAAGAGAACGAGAUCCAAGAAGGCCAGACGACUCGCGAGAGAAGGAUCGUGAACAUGACCGGGAUAGAGAAAGAGAUAGGAGAGACGACGGAAGGGGAUCCUCAAAGCGAGAAGUUCCACCUCCCAAAGAAUCGGCUCAUUCAGAUUCUCCUUUGACUUCCAAAUCAGACUCUGAGCACUUCAACAACGGUACUGAAGCCGGUGAAACAGUGGAAGAUGACGACGAUGCAGCUAUGAUGGCCGCCAUGGGCAUGGCUGGAUUUGGUACUACCAAGGGAAAACAUGUUGAAGGCAACCAGGAAGGCACUGUGAACAUCAAGAAGACUAGAACAUGGCGUCAAUAUAUGAACAGACGAGGAGGAUUCAACAGACCGCUGGACAAAAUCAAAUAG